AUGAUAAAUAACAUAUUCGAUCGUGUAUUGGCCGGGAUUGCUAUGAUUGGUACAGUGGUUAUCGCAGCGUGUCUAGGUUCCAGGGCUGUGCUGGUGCUAGUAUUCUUGAUUGAAUGCAAAGUGUUUCAAGAGCUCACUAGCCUACCAUUGAUGGGAUACCGAUCGAGCUCUCUUGAUUAUUCAGCCCACGGUAGACGUUUCUUUGAAUGGUUACUGUAUGCAAUUGCUAGUUAUUGGUGUCUUGGAUGUGUUUUUGUUCAGCCUGGAUCCCGGUUGGCAGAAUGCGAAUCAGACUUGGUGUGCAUGAUGCUGUACACAGCUUGGUUCUGUGGCUAUGUUUAUCAAUUGAACCCAAAGUUUCUUUCUGAGCAGUUGACAAGACUAUGUUGGAUUCAUUGCAGCAUUUUGUUAUCGGUGCUCCAAAUGCGGUUCAUGGUCUACAACAUGCAAAAAGGACUGAUCUGGUUUAUUCUUCCGGCUAGUUUAGUUGUGAUAAAUGACAUUUCAGCAUACGCAUUUGGAUUAAUUCUUGGCAGACAUCAACUAUUAUUCUUGAGUCCUCGUAAGACAUGGGAAGGCUUUGGGGGUGGACUUUUGAUACAGUACACCAAGACUCUUGUUGGUUUGGAAUACUUGGCAUGUGAAAACAAGAGUCAAUCGUUAUCAGCCAACUUAAAACUCAAUCCCCUUGAAGACACUAUGCAAUACCAUGGGGUUGUACUGGCAUUGUAUGCAUCACUCGCUGCACCUUUCAGUGGGUUCUUUGCAAGUGCCCUCAAGAGAGCCUGUAAAAUCAAGGACUUUGAUCAAUGCAUUCCAGGACAUGGUGGAAUAACUGAUCGUAUGGACUGCCAGCUUUUGAUGCCAGCAUUUACCUAUUUUUAUUACAAAUUCGCAGUCGAAUAUCUUGAAAGUUCAAGCUAA